AUGACUAUGACCUCCAAAAUAUCAAAUUCUUUGAUGUAUAAUUGGUCAUCUCCUCCCCAUAACAAGAGGAAUACCUGUCUCAGAAUGAAUCGGAGAACCCAAUCUUUGUUAUUAGAGACUCAAGUCACUGACACUGUUGAAUCCCAGUCACUCUUUCGUCGCCUCAUUCUUCUUCGGCACGCUAAGAAUUCCUGGGAAUACCCUUCUCUUGGAGACCAUGAUCGCCCUUUGAGUAAAGCUGGAAAGGAUGAUGCUUUCAAUGUUUCACAAAAGCUUCAACAACUGGGCUGGAUCCCUCAACUUAUUUUAUCCAGUGAUGCCGUGCGAACAAGGGAGACUCUUAAGAUAAUGCAGGAACAUGAGAAAGGAUUUUUGGAAGCUCAAGUUCAUUUCAUUUCUAGCUUCUAUUCUGUUGCAGCAAUGGAUGGACGAACUGCUGAGCAUCUUCAACAAACUAUAUGUAAAUACUCAACAGAUGAAAUAGUUACAGUCAUGUGCAUGGGACAUAAUAGGGGAUGGGAGGAGGCAGCAUCAAUGUUUGCAGGUGCCUUGAUAGAACUUAAGACAUGCAAUGCUGCUUUGCUUGAAGCCUCUGGAAAAUCGUGGGAAGAGGCAUUUGCUAUUGCUGGACUUGGAGUGUGGAAGCUCCAGGGCAUAGUAACCCCUAGCAGAGGGUAGAGUUUUGUUAGAUUUUGAGUACUAGGAGCAAACGGCUAGCCCUUAAAAGGAAAAAGAAGAAAAAAUGCCUACAGGUUGUUCUACUUGUAACCUGUGCCUCUCCUGAAUCUUUUCUGCAUCUUCCAUAAAACUGCAGCCCGAGGAAGUAAAGAUAAGACUGCCCUGAGCACCAGAAAUGCAAUCAGCAAAGUUGCAAAAAGUGGAAACUAAUCUUAUUUGUCACCAGAGAUUAUUCUUCAUCUACUGGCUGUAUAUGUUGGUCAAGAGCCAAGGGUAUACGAUGGCAAUAUGUUUUUUAUACACUGGCUGAUCCUCAGAACAACAGGUUGAAGGGCAAAGGGAUCAUGGAAAAUUAGAUUUUACGUAAAUUAUAAUUAAUGUAAAUACGUUAGUCUGAUUAUUGGAAAAUUUUCAAAUGAUUGCAUUCAUCUUCUUGUAUAGAAGGAAUUCAAACUA